UACAAAGGCUCGUCUAGUAAAUAUAAACCAACUCAUCUCAGCAGUUGAUUCAGUCGAUAAGUUCUCAGUCAUAACACAACUCGAAUCGUGAUAAAUUUAUAAACAUUAAAUCAAAAUUGUUCGAUUAGCAAAAUGAAGAUUUUAAUAUUCGGGGUGCUCGUGCUGUUAUCCGUGACAGAUAUUUACGCCGAUUUAUCCGAACAACCCGAUAAAAUACAAACCUUGGUGAAAAAAUUAUUCAGCUUGAGGCCGGAACCGUACGUAGUUCACAAUUUGGCAAACUCUCUAAAACUGGACAUCGACGAAGAGCAGACCGACUUAACAUCCAGGGAAUUCACAGACGAGAGUUAUAAGUUCAAAAACGUAACGGUUUCUCGAAUCUAUAACAAUCCUCUCAAGCCAAGAACAGAAAUUACCUCGGUCAUCUGCGAUUUCCAUCUUCAAAUCAAAAUAACCCAGUCGAUCGAUCCGCCUGAUUUAGAAAUCAGAGGAAUUUAUCAAUUGAAUAAAACUCAGGAAGCAGACUCGGGUGAAUUCUUCAUCGCUAAGGAAUACGAUGGUAGAAUAAUCCAUCAAAUGAGAUCAGAUGGAAUCAACGACACUGAUCUUGUAUACAAUGAUCAAGAGAUCAAAUUUGGCAAAUCGAGUAAAAAUCGUGCAAAAUUCAUCCGAGCAAUUGGUCUAAUCGUGGACGAGGUAAAUAACCGCACUGCCAAUAAAGCCAAUCAGACGAAUAAUUUACCCAAGAAAAUCAAAGACUUCGAGAGCGUAUUUCCAUUCUUAUCGAACGCUUUAUCUCCACUCAAUAAAACAGCUUUAAAAUCUCAAGCCGAAAAUACCUACUGUAUCAAUAACACGAUAACCGAGCAAUGGGGAAAUAUGAAUUUAAUACUGCCUUACGUAAUGAUACGUGGAUUGAAUAAUUUCAAACAAGCCAAAUUAUUUGCCUACAACGACGGAUCAGGAGUUCGUUUUAAUAUUACAUUGAUGACUCACGAAUUGAAAGGAUAUUUCGAAUGGAGACAUGGUAAAAAUCUCGCUAUUAUGAGUUCAAAUCGCACCGAAAACUUCACCAUUGGUAAUUUGACCCUGUUUGCGAACACAAGAUUCGAUAAAGAUUGGAUUAUCGAUAAUUUAGAAAUAGCAUUCGGAUCGAUAAAUAUUCAAAAACCAAAUGGAAGCGAACUGUACCCAAAUAUCAAUGAUUUUAUGUACGAUCUCUUGCACGAUAAAUUGGAAACAUUGAUCACCAGUCAUUUAAAACAACUCAUACAUAAAGAAUACUCUAAACCAGAACGAGUCACCGAAUCUGCAAAUAAAACAACCCUACUCGAGCUGAAUUCCACGACGACAUCGACAACUUCUAAUUACACAACUAUCACGAAUAAAACCAUCGCAGCAGUGACCAAUUCAUCCAAUCUGACGACAAUUACCACUCCAUUUACCACCCUCAGUACUCCUCUGAGAAAUGACUCGACGCCUUGUAAAGAUGACAGAAGAUGGUGGCAGAAAAUUUACCGUCGAAAUAAAUGUAAAACAGAGAAGAAACCUGCACCAACCGAACAAAUACCAGAGACGAAUAAAUGCGCAGAUAAAAGAUGGUGGUUCCAGAAACCCUUCUUGAGGAAUAAGUGUGCGAAAAAUAUCUCUACGACAAAUGCUCCUCCCUUACUGGAAGUUCAACCUCGGAUUAAUAAUGGCUCAAAUUCGACCGGAGUUGAGAUGGCGAAAUGUGUGGAUAAAAGAUGGUGGUUCCAGAAACCUUUCAUCAGUAAUAAAUGUAAACAAUUGAAAAAUGUCACAUUAAAAGGGGCCAUUUAGUAACAAAUCCUGAAUUUUUCAGCUGUCUAUUAAUUAAGAAUACGUACUUUCAAGUUCCUUUUACUUUUAAAAAAUAUUUUUAGCUGAAUUUUGAAUGCUUUGUUGACUAUUUUAUUCUAGCAAUAUUCUUAACUCUUAUUGUGAACAAAAUUAUGUAAAUUAUUUAAUAAAAAUACCAAAUACCUAUUUA